UGGUAAUUUCAAGCGAAACAAUUCAGUUGAGGUUUUCGUUUCUACCAUUCUAUAAGUUCAGUGAUCUAAUAACUAUUGUUCUCGGAAAUAAUAUUGUCAAAAAUCUAAAAUUUUCCAAAGUUCUUUUUGAAUUCAAAAACAAAGUUAAAUAAAUACCUACUGACAUGUCUAACGAUCCGAUUGAAUUUUUGGAUAGUGUUUUGCAAGCCGAGGAGCUUCGUUGGCGCAUGGAAGAAUAUGGACAUGAUAAGACAAAGUAUUCUAUUUCACGAUCUGGGAGAUAUAAAUCGAUAAAUAAGAAACGUGAUGCAUUGAAGCCCGAUCUUUAUAAAGGCUCUGAUGUGGAUAAGAAAUCUCCUCGGCCUUCUGGAUCAAAAGACAGUAGUUCUCCAUAUCAAACACAACAGACAUCUCAACAGCAACAACAAAGAAGUCGUGAAAAAGAACCAAAAUAUACCAAAUUUUAUGAAACAAAUCUAUAACUUAGCAUUUGUUGUUUCUUACUUACUCAAUAAACAACUUUCCAUUGAUCUUAUUAUAAAACCAAAAAAAAAAAUAAAUAGUUACAAUUAAGGAUUAAUUUUACUACAUAGUUGUAAGUUUUUUUUUUUUUUGUAAAUUAUACAAAUUGAUAAGCAAUAAAUGGCGUCUCUGUGAUGUGUUUUUGUGAUCUGGAUGUACAUAAAACUUUGUAUAUAAAAAAAAAAUUAAUAUUGAUUACAAAUGAAAAAUACUAGAAGUAAGAUAAUUCCUUUGCUAUCAAUGUGUUAAUUGUUAAACACUUCAAAUAGGGUUAAAUGUGAUUUUAUAACUUAGUAUAAAGUGGAAGGGCUUAAGUCAAAGAAAGAGAAAGAAAAAAAAACAAAAUUUUAAAUCUAUUAAUUUCUUGUUUUGAAGUUUGUCAAUAUUUUUAAUUAGUAGGUAUAUUCUUUAUAAUAUCACACACUUACAUAAGUCGUACUCAAUAUCAUAUAAAAUGUUAAUAAAAAAGUAAAAUGCAGUUACUACAAAUUUA